AUGAUUCACCGAGAUAUCAAGCCCACGAACUUUUUAUUCCGUGAUGCCGACAACUUUCGUCUCAUUGACUUUGGUCUGGUUCAAACCGUUGACAACAGUGAGUUUUGCAGUAUUGCAUUCGUCAACCGCGCUGGCACGCGUGGCUACCGGCCUCCAGAAGUCCUUCUUCGUUUUCAACUCCAUUCAACAGCCAUUGACGUGUGGGCAGCUGGCACAAUAUUUCUCUCUUUGCUCAGGUCUGUGAUACUGGUCCGUUUUUAA